UUGUCACGUGGCUGUAUAAGGAGCCAGAAGGUGUGAAAGGACAGGGUCUCAUCAGACAAAUUUUGACAGCAAUAGACUUGUGGUCCAUUUGGCUUUGGCAGUGGUCCAAUGAUCAUUAUUGUUCAUCGAAAUUGUUAUUCAUGACAUUUUUUUGGAAACUGAUUUCAUGAAAAAUUUGGAAAUGAUCACAUUGAGCUGUUGAUUUUCACGUUUUAAUUUAUUCCAAAAAAAAGUCCGUCUCUGACCAUGAUGCAGAUUCACCAUAUUUUUAAUCAUUGAUGGAUGACCCAACAUUUGGAAUUUUUCAUUUUCAGGCGUAAUCUCUCACCGUAUGGUAUUUUAAUUCAUCUUUUGUCAGCUCAAAUCAUUUAUUGAUGUCAGACUCUUGGCCAAAUGUCCUCAUUGAGUCACGAUGUGAUUGCACUGUACGACUUUCAAGGUUAAUAAUAAAUGUUUCUUUGUCGUCGCCAUCUACGCUCGACCAAUAGGCGGGAGGGGGGCGGGAGGGUCCACGCUCUCCCUCACACCCCCACCCUCCAGCGCCUCAAGUAAAAAGUAGCGCGCGGCGCCCGCGUGCCGAGAGUGCCGCUACAUGAGCCGGCGCGGACGCACGCGGAGCGAACUCAGGCUCAGGCUUGUGAUAUUUUUUUUCCCCGCCGCCGACAUGUUACGGGCGCUUCUCGUCUUGUGGCUCUCGGCGGCGCGCGUCCCGACCGACGCGCUCCGGGGCCGGCCGUCGCUUUCCGCGCCGCGCUCCGAAGACGCCAUCCUGGUCGCCAACAACCCGAUCCGCGUGCCCCUGGGCCGGACCGUGUUCGUGGACCCGGUCAACGACCUGGUGUUGCAGACGCGGCCGGGCGACCGCUGCGGCGUGAUCGUCCUGAACGACGAGCCGUCGGGGCGGCGUCUCGGCCGCCUUUUGCCCGAGAAGUUCCCGUGCGACUUUGGACCCAGGGACGUCACGUACACCCACUACGGGUCCGAGAGUCCCGCGCUCCAUCGGGUGCGGCUGCAACUGCGCUACGACACGCGCGACCAAACCUUCGUCGUUCCCUUUACGAUGGAGGCGGAGGUGGUCUUUACGCCGCCGGACCUGCUCGCCAAGAACGCGCCGCUGACCGUCACCCGCCCGAUGGGCACCAGCGACGCCAUAGACCGCCAGAUUUUGGACUUCACCUACGACCGGGAGCGGUACAAGUGCGGGGUGACGUCACCGGCGGGCGGGAGCUCGCCGCCCCGCUACGGGCGAUUGCUGGACGGCGGGAAACUGGCCCGGACGAUGGACUGCGACGAGCUGACGCGGGCGGAUAUCCGCUACGAGCACACCUUCCGGGGUCCGUCGCCCGACCGGGACCGCGUCCCGAUGACGGCGGAGCUGCGGGACCGAGAAGGCAACGCGGUCCAGCGAGAGCACUUCCACCUGACGGUCCGAAUCCGCGGGGGCCGGGAGAACGCCGCGCCCGCGCCGAGCCUCGUCGCCACGAUGACGAUGGAAGUGAGCCAAUUCGUCCUGACCGCGUUCACGCCCGAAAUGCUGGCGGCCGAUGACUCCGAGUCGGACCCGGACGAUCUGCUCUUCAACGUCACCUCGUCGCCGUCCUACGAGGAGGGCUACAUCGUCAGCACGGACGACCGGAACUCGCCCAUCGCCUCCUUCUACCAGCGGGACCUGCGGGACCUCAAAAUCGCGUACGCGCCGCCGUUACUGGACGCGGACACCGAGAGGAUCUUCCGGCUGGAGUUUGAAGUGCUCGACCCCGAGGGGGCGGCGUCGGACCCCUUCGCGUUUACGAUUGCGGUCAAACCCGCGAACCCGCUGGCGCCGACGGUCACUCGCAACGACGGUCAGCUGCUGUACGAGGGCCAGUCCCGUCCCCUGGCGGCGGGCCGCAACCUGGAGAUCGCCGACGCAGAUAACCCGGAGGCGGUUAGCGUCAAGGUUGUAGACGGGCUGCGCCACGGUCUCCUGCUGGUAGCGGGUUCCCGCCGGGACAGCUUCGCGGCCUCGGAACUGGCCGACGGCACGGUGGUGUACCGGCACGACGGCAGCGACACGUACGCCGACAACAUCGUGUUCGAGAUGACCGACGGCAAACACGAGGUGCGGUUCCUCUUCCCCCUUACGGUCGUGCCCGCCGACGACGAGCCACCCGUCGUCGACGCCAACGCCGGCCUGGUUCUGUUUAAACAUCAGACGUCGCGGGUGUCGCUCCUCGCUCUCAGCGCCGCCGACGUCGACUCGGAGGACUCGGCCGUGAAAUUCACCGUGGUCCCGCCGUUUUCCGCCGUCGGCACCAUGCUGCUGAGGCAGUCGGACGCCCCGGAGGACCCGUCUUCGUGGAAAUUCAACUCUCAAGAGGAGGUUUACGAAAAAGAGGUGCGGGAAUGGCUGCAAAAAGACAUCGCGGACGGAAAUCUGUUCUACAAGCACGUGGGACCUCUGAACACCGACCCCAUCGUGGACCGAUUUGUCUUCACGGUCCGGGACGACAACGACCCUCCGAACGAGUCCGGCCGGGCCGCGUUCGUUAUUCGGGUGCUGCCCGUCGACGACGUUCCGCCCGAGCUACGCCCCGGCGCCACCCUGCGUAUGACGGUGGAGGAGUACGAGCUGACUCCGAUCAGCGAAGAUGCUCUUCGCUACACGGAUUCGGACUCCGAAGACGGCGACCUAAAAUACACGCUGCGGCAACCUCCGACGGACACCGACGAAAACAACCCGGCGGUCUUCGGUUCUUUGGUCGUGAUGGACGACCCUGACGCGGAGGUGACGGAGUUCACGCAAGCUCAAGUCAACCGCCGCGAGAUCGGCUACAGCCCGCCAGACGCGGAGCCGGGCAUAGCAGCGCGCGCGGUGCAAUUUCGGUACGGCGUCGAGGACGCGGCGGGAAACGUGGCGGAGGGGGUGUUCACCAUCUACCUCCGUCCCGUCAACAAUAAGCCACCGCAGAUCAUCAACACGGGUUUCGCGGUGUUGGAGGGCGGCGUACACAUCCUCUCCCUCGCCGAGCUCGACGCCGUAGACGCCGAGAGUGGAAACGUCUUCUUUGGGCUCAGUCGGCCACCCAGACACGGGAACAUCCGUGUGGCGUUUACCGACCUGCCGGAAAAAGGAACUUUCGACCCGCGGGACCUCUCCGAAGGCAAGAUUUCAUACAGUCAUGACGGCAGCGGGACGGCCGACGACAAGUUCUGGCUGGAUGUCAGCGACGGCGUACACUUGGUGAGCGUGACGGUCAAAGUCCACGUGAAAGCGGCGGACGACCGGGCCCCGACUCUCGGCCUUCCCGCCGGGACCCUCGGUUCUCACGUGGAAGUCCCGGAGAACGGCGCUGCGGAAAUCACCGCCGACGUCGUCCGAGGUGGCCGCGACGACACGUGCGAUCCCCGGCUGACUUUUAUCCUGGAGGGCCCGCCGAUCAUCGGGGAGAUUUUGGUGAAAGGUCUACCCGCCGGCAGGUUCACGCAGGCGGACGUCAUCGACGGGUCGGUGGUCUACGCCCACACCGGCGGGGAGAUCGGCCUCGCGUCUCGUCGGGACGGCUUCGAACUUACCCUACAUUACGUGUCAGAGGAACAGAAGGCGGCUGCCGACCGGGUCCGCGUGCAAGUCACCAUUCUACCCGUGGACAGCCGGGCACCGGAGGUCGGACUCGGGGUGCAAUUCAGAGUCCCGGAAGGGGACAAAAACGCCAUCGGUCCUCAGCACCUGAACAUCGACGAUGCCGACACCCGGGCGGAAGACAUUCUGUGCACCAUCGUCACGCAACCCGACGCGGGCUACGUGGAGAACAUCUCCCCCGCUCCCGGUUCGGAGAAAUCCAGAUCGGGCUCGGCCGUCAGCGCCUUCACUGUCGGAGACGUCCGGGCGGGAAACAUAUUCUACGUGCAGAGCAUCCACAAAGGCGUAGAGCCCGCGGAGGACGGGUUCACUUUCGGGUGCUCGGACGGCAUCAAUUUCUCCGAGAUGCUCUUUUUCCCCAUCGUAAUCGUGCCUACCAACGACGAGCCCCCGGAAAUCUUCUCGAGGCGAAUGGUGGCGAUUGAGGGUACGAGCUCGGUGAUCGACACGUCCGUGUUGAACGGCCGCGACGCCGACGUACCGCCCCAGGAGUUGACGUUCGUCAUCUCUAGGCCGCCCAAACACGGAGUUAUUUUAAAGCGGUCGCCCGCCGGAUCCGUCUCGGUCGGAGACUUCUCGCCGGAGGACAUCCGAGAAGCGUCGAGCAUCGUCUACGAACACGACGACUCGGAAACGACGGAGGACAGCUUCGAGCUCCUUCUGACCGACGGUAAGUUUACGGCGAAGAAGACGGCGGCGGUGACCGUCGUGGCCGUCGACGACGAGACCCCCAGGAUGCAGAUCAACGACGGGCUGGUGGUGGAAGUCCGCGAGACCAAAGAAAUCAGCGGCAAAGUCCUCAAAGCCACCGAUUUGGAUUCGGACGACGCGUCGCUCGUCUACGUCGUCCGUUUCGGACCCGGUCAAGGUCUCCUGCGGAGAAGAGGCCCUCGCGGGACCGCGGAGAACCUUUCCAUAGGCUCCAACUUCACUCAAGCGGAGUUGGAUGCGGGCCUUCUCUUUUAUAGCCACAACGGCCAGGGAGGAAUCAGAGACUUGAUCAAGUUUGACGUGACGGAUGGGAUCAACCCGCUGAUUGAUUGCCGCUUCUUUAUCAAUGUGCGCGGCAUGGAUACCGACGUGGUCAGUAAGAGUGUGUACCUCCAAGAAGGAAGUCGCGCCGUCCUGAGCGCCGACCUCCUCGGCGGCGUCGAGCUCAACGGCCCCGACGAGUACCUGGCGUUCACCGUCACCGAAGCCCCCGUAAGGGGCCGUCUGGAGUGCGCGGAUGCCCCCGGAAUACCUGCGUCGUCCUUCACGAGACUCCAACUGGUCGGAAGCAAAAUCUACUACGUGCGCACAGCGGACGAAGAGCUGAAGACUGACAGCUUUGAGUUUGAAGUCGCCGACGGCUACGAUCCAAUCAUUAGAACUUUCAGGGUGGUCGUCCUCCACACGGAUAACAAGAAACCCGUGGAGCGCAAAGGCGGCGAGUCCGCCGAGGACUAUUUUACCAUGAGCGACGGCACGGUCUCAGAGACACGUGGGCCGCAGACCUCGAAGAUCGCCGCGGUACCGGUGGACGACGGGAUCCCCCGCGUGGUGCUGAACCAAGGCGCCGUCGCCCUGCAGACCCUACCGUCGGGUCACCUGGGCUUCCUCGUCGGACCCAGACGCCUGAAGGCGGCGUGCCGGGCCGGCGCGACGGCACCGGUCUUUCGGAUCACCGCUCCGCCCAGGCACGGGUACCUGGUCAACCUGCGGCACGGAAACGACUCGGUGGACAGCUUCAGCCAAGCCGAUAUCGACGAACUGAACGUGUUUUACGUCCUGCGGAAAGAAGCAAGGGCCACGUGGGACAUUUUUCACUUCAGCGUAGAGGACAGCGGCGGCAACACGCUAGCGGGCCAAGCGUUCCGUGCCGACUGGUGCUGGAUCUCGCUGGAGAGGGACUACUAUGCGGUGGACGCGAGGGGCGGAGGCAUCUUGGACGUGGUGCUGAGAAGGAGAGGCUUCCUGGGGGAGACGUCCUUCGUAGGCAUCGGAACGCGGCACGAAAGCGCCGAGAAGGACGAGUCCCGGAAGCGGGUCCGAUUUGACCGGGGUCAGACCAGGGCCUCCCGGCGAGUCCGGAUCCACGCCGACCGCGUGUACGAGCGGGCCGAGACCUUACGUAUCUUUUUGUCGGAGCCCGUCGCGGCCGCCCUGGAAUUCCCCGCCGCCGCCACCGUGGAAAUCCUGGACCCCGAUCACGCUCCCGUCUUUUAUUUUGGCGAGGACCACUAUCGCGUCGAAGAGAGCGACGGGUACGUAGAAGUCAAAGUUUUCCGCACCGGCGGCGACCUCUCCGAAUCCGGCGCCGUUACCGUCCUCUCCCGAAGUUCCCGACCCGUUUCGGCGGAAGCCGGAGCGGACUACGUGGGCGUCGGGCGGAAGUUGGACUUCGCCGCGGGCGUCGGCUCGCUGACCUUCCGGGUCGAAGUCCCGGAUGAUCCGGGCGGACCCGAGCUGGAAGGAGAGGAGAUUUUUGAUCUGGUCCUGCGAACGCCCGUCAACGGGAUCCUGGUCGAACCUGCCAAAGCCACCGUCUCCGUCGACUCCGAUUUACCCAAGAUGCAGUUCCGUGAGGCGGUUCACUUUGGCGAGGAGCACCAGGGUCAGCUGGCAGCGACGGUGUACCGCAGCGGCGACUUGCGCUUCGCGUCUUCCGUGCGAUGUUAUACCAGGCAGGGCUCCGCACGGGUCGGCCACGACUUUGACGAGCGGCCCGACUCCGACGCGGCCGUCCUCUCCUUCUCGCCAGGCGAGACAGAGAAGCCCUGCAUCCUUUCGCUCGUGGACGACUCGCUCUACGAGGAAGUGGAAGAGCUUCGCUUGGUCCAGGGGAGCCCAAAGAGCGAUUCGCAGUUUGGAGCCAUGCUCGGGACCCCGAAGGAGACCUCGGUGAAAAUUGGAGACACCGCGGACAAGCCCGUCGUUGGGUUUUCCCAGACCGAGUUCAGCGCCGGCGAGCCUCGGGAGCCGGGCGGCGCGGCGACUGUUCGGAUUUCGGUGGCGCGACGGGGCGACGCCUCCCGGACGUCGACGGUUCGCGCCAAAGACGGCCCGGCCGUGUCGGGGGAGGACUCCCGCCCCGUCUCCCGAGACAUUGUGUUCGAGCGGGGGGAGAAGGAGCAAGUUGUCCUCGUUGACGUUUUGUAGGACGGCGCGGCGGAGACGAAGGAAGCCUUCGAGCUGCACCCGGAGCCCGACGACAACCCGGCGGUCCGGACGCGGUCCGCCGAAGCGGCGGCGUGCAUCGAGAAGCCCGACGGCACGUCGGGCGUGGCCUUCCCCUCCCCGCCGCGCGUCUUCUCGCUUCUCCAUUACGAGCGCCGAGACGGCACCGCGGCAGGUCUUCCGCCACCCGCCGGAUUCCCCGUCAUCUGUGUCAGCGCCUGCAACCCCCGCUACCCGGACUACGCCGAGACUCGCUCCGUCUGCGUCGCCGAGCGAAUAAACGACACCCUGACGCGCUACCGUUGGUUCAUUGGCGCCCCUGCCGGCCCCGUCCGGGAGCUGGACUUUGACACGUUCUUCGCAUCCUCUAAGGCCGUCACGUUGGACUCGGUCUACUUUCGAGCGGGCUGGCGACUGCGGUGCGCCGCCCGAGCCGUCAACUCCCGCGGCGACGAGGGCUCGGAGCUCGCCGGCCCCGCGGUCACCGUCUCCGAGGAAGGUAUGUGUCCGUCCCGCCGGAGGGGCGCCGCGGGCGCGGAGCCUUUCUCGGCCAAGCUGCGCUACACCGGCACGGACGACUCCCGACGCCCCAACCUCAUCAAGUUGACCGUCACCGUGCCGCACGUGGACGGCCUGCUUCCGAUCAUAUCCAUGCGCCCCAUCGGCAAUUUGGAGCGGACCCUUAGCCCGCUCGGUCGUCAGGCGGCCGACCGCCGAUUCUCCAACUUACUGGACGGCGAGGAAGAUGGCGCCGGCCACGGCUUCUUAACAACGGACGCGCGCGAACGGCCCCUCGACCGGUCGGGCUCCGCGCUGCGCGGGAACGCAACGCUGCGAUUCUAUCGCCAUCUCCGCCCGGACGCCUGCCUGUGGGAGUUCAUCGGCUUCUACCGGUUGUCCGAGCUGCUCGACGACUGCGGCGGCACCGUCGGCGCCGACGGACACGUCCCGGACUCGGUUCAGUCGUACGUGACUCUGCGCGUGCCCCUCUACGUUUGGUACGUCUACCGCUCGCCGGCGGGCUGGCAGUACUUUGACCGGCGCUCUGAGCUUCGCCUCUCCUUUGUCUACGACACCGCCGUCUCGUGGAGGGACGGCGUAAGAAGUCCUCCUCGGGCCGAGCUGCGCGGCUCCUUGUAUCCCACCGGCAUGCGAAUCGAUCAACAGGGACGCCUUGUGGUCGACUUCCGGACCAAAGCUCACUUCUGGGGGCUCUUUGUCCACUCACGCAGCGCAUCAGGGACUUCCGAACGGUCGACCGUGACCAGCGCGGCCCACCCCGGCCUGACGUUCGACCUGAGCCUAGUGAGGAGCGAGUCCACUUUUGACCAACCCGCGCAGCGGUGGACCUUCACCUCCGAUUUUCCCGUACGAGACUACUCGGGGAGCUACGCCGUCCGGCUGGUGCCCUGCGCCGCUUACCGGAACGCCCGAUUCUCAUCCCCGCCCGCGUGCGGUCCAAGAGAGCCGCUCGCCUUUAACCUGAAUAUCCGAUUUCAACAAGUAAGCGAUCCCGUAGCUGCGGAGUUCAGUCUCAACACUGAAAUAUUCCUGCUGUCCGAGCGAAGUUUAUGGCUCUCCGACGGCUCCGUCGGAGCAGCGGGGGAGAGCGACGUCGCCUUUUCGGAAGACGACACCGUAUUCGGUCGCGUGACGGUGGACCCGGUGCAGAACCUGGGAGAUUUUUUCUCCUGCAGCAUCGAAAAGGUUUUCCUGUGCGCCGGCGUGGACGGCUACGUCCCCAAGUACGACCCCGCCAAUUUGGAGUUGGGCUGUCUGGUCGAUUCUCCGUCGCUGCUCUACAGAUUCAAAAUCCUCGACAGAGAACGGCCAGAGACUCAGGCGCGCGUUUUCGCCGGCGUGGCUUUUAACGCCGCGCUGGCAAAAGACGAGCCGUCCGCCGCCUCGCUCGUCAGGCGGCCCGGAUCCGACGGGUUCAAGCUUGACUCCAAGGCCAUGUUCCAGGCGGCGCCAGGUCGCGAGUGGUACAUACACACCAUCUACACGGUCCGCUCCGAGGAAAACGCCAACAGAAGCAUUGGGAAGCGCGGCCCGUACUCCCGGCGCCGUCGAGCGAGGAGGCCCUCCUCGACCGUCGUUCCCGAAGACAUCGGCGCCGCCGCCGACCGCGGUACCAAUAUCGUACACGUCGCCUUGGACCGCAGCAAACGGGGAUCCGCCGGCCGCGCCGCCUUCGUCGGGGAAGAGUCCGGCGAGCGCGCGGGCAACCGGGGGGAGGAGACCGCGGCCGGCGCCCCCCUGGCUGCGCUAUUGACUGUGCUGAUGGGCGGCGUCCUCACGCUGGCCUGGCGCUGCGGGGGCAAACGUGGCGGACGGCGGGACGGCGCGCGCCAAGUCGUCAAAAUUCCUCUCGGCUCAGAGCCCGUCUUGGUGGUCAAGGUGCGAAGCUGCCGCCGUGACGGCUCCGAGGUUUGAGUGCGGCAAGAGACGCCACCGGGUGGGGAUUUCACGCUUUCUCGCUUUUUAAUGCGUUUCUUUGGCGCCCGGCCAAAACCGUUUGACCCACCGAAACCGUUCGUACACCCAAACGACAGGAAUUCUCGUGCGAUGCAGUUGUUUUUCCUUUGUCUACCCAAAAAUGAAUGUUCACCCCAAAAGGCGCGUGGUUCAUAAAAAAAAAAAGAAAGAAAGAAAAAUGUAGUGACAUUUCAAACGCUUUUUGUCCAAAUCACAUUGUUUACGCAUCAAAAAUUUCAGGCCACCAAGUGGUACAAAAGACCGAGUCUGUUUUGACCAAAAAGGUACGGUUCCAUCACAAUUUGCACAAAAACCUUCCCAUGGCCAAAAUUUCCCAUUCGCCCCCCGCCAUUCAUUUCAAUGGCACAAAAACCUUUCCUUUGGCUCCCAAUGCAAGAAUCUACAAACAAAAUCGGAUAUCUAUUGGUGGUUGUCAUUUUUGACCAAAAACCAAAUGCUCCCAUAUCAACAGGGAGUGACCUUGAAAUCAGCAAGUGACCUGAUAUAUCAGGGGUCAGCAACCUUUUUGGUGUGGAGUGCCACUUUCAAAUUUUCUUGUCAAUCAGUGUGCCACACCGAGACGCAUAUCCAAUUUUUUAUAUCCAACAGAGCUGUAAUUUUACCCCAAAGAAAACAACAUGAACAUAUAUUGAAAUCGUAUAACUACCAUUCUUUUUCAAUUAACUAAAAAAUAAAUGCAUAUUGUAGAAAAUUUCAAAACUUGAAAAUAAGUGCAACAGUUCACUAGCUAGUUGUUCACUAUCAACUUAAACAGUAAAUUAUAUGCAGCAUUUUAGAUAUUCUUUUAUAUUACAAAGAUAAAAGAUGCCUACCUUAAUGUGAUCCCUGGCCCUGUUUUCCUUGGCUCAGCUCUGAUUUCGGGGUUUUACUUUGUGACUUUUAGCUGCUUAUCCCUUUUUUUUGAGUGUCUCUUUGUUAGUCAAGCCAUCAACCAAAACCCCUGAGCUUGACAAGAUCGCCUCUUUGAUAUAUUCGCCAUCAGUUUUUCUUUUUUUCAUCAGGUUUUCCUUGCUUUGCAAUGCAGUGAGCAAAGUGAUAGCUUGCUUCGGUGGCGGUGUUUUUAGCAGUGACAAAAGGUUUUCAGGGUGUUUUUGUUUACACUACCUGGACACAGCACGUUUUAAUGUCUCUGCCUUGUCAGACUCCUCCUUGAAUGAAUUUUCAUGUUUUGUCUCGUAAUGACGAUUGACACUUGUUCUCCCCGGGGAGAGGCACGGGCCCGGGUGGAGCCGCCGCGGCCCCCGGGAGGCUGGCUCUUGCGGUGCGCACGAAAGGCUCAGGCGCGGGCCCGGGUGGGGCCGCGAGGAGCGAGCCUUUCCCCGGGGAGAGAAAGCUUCCCUAUCGCGGUGCGCACGGAAGCCUCGGGCGAGAACCCAAGUGGAGCCCCCUCUCGUGGUGCGCAUGGAAGCCUCGGGCGCGGGCCCGGGUGGAGCUCUCGUGGUGCCCAAGGAAGGCGCGGGCGUGUGGGGCUAGAAGACUGAUCUAGCCCCAUACCAGCCCGGGUGGAGCCGCGGGUGCAGAUCUUGGUGGGGGAAUAACACUCUUAAAUACAGUCUUGAUGAGAUUGAAUUGGCUGCAGUUACGACGUUGGGAACGCUGACUCUGGAAUAAAACACGAUUUGACCAACAUUGUGACAGCCGAUGCCUACCAAAAAUGACGUAAUGUCAGAGGUUAUAAAAUCGCGCCAGCGGCCCUUCCCGCACAGAGAGCGCCAGUGGGCAAUACGGGUCAAGUCUGUGAAAGCAUCCAACCCGCUCCAUUCUCGGGACAUCUUUUUAUACGUGAAAGCAAUGACGUGAGUAAAUCCCAUGUCUCUUUACACAGGAAUUCCCUCGGAUGUGUGUGUGGCUUAAAUAACAGGGCGCGCAACAGAAAAUGUCUGAAUUUCAGGUAAAAAGGCGCUUUUUUCUUGUUUUUUUGCCAUGCGCUCGCGUGUCACUGGUUAACCCUUCGCGUGCCAGUGCUGACACGCGUGUUGCCGACCCCUGUGAUAUAUCGACAGGGAGUGACCCUGAAAUCCCCCAAUUAUACAGGAAGUGUCUCCAAAACGCCCCCAAAUCAACAUGUUCUUUCUCCAGAAAUGGCAUUUUCUAGUUAAUCCACAAUAGUCGAAGCUUUUAUCAACUUCAGCCUGUGACAAUAGGAAAGAGGACCACAUUAAGGGAAAAUCAUAACACCAAGAAACUAAUCAUUGUAUUUGGUUCCUCCUGUCUCCACUCGUUACAACAUUCAUUAUAUUUGAAGGAGAUUUUCUCUUUAUUUUCCUGUGUCCCCUUGAACUUUAAGCACGCACAAGAAGCUGCUGCCGUGACCGCAUUUCAGUCUUCAUAUUGAUUUGUUUUAUGAUGGGCAUGCGUGUGCGCUUUCUCCCCCAUGCAGAAACAAAGCGAUGCAACGUAACGUGUAUCACAUACCGUAUUUUUUGGAUUGUAAAUCACACCUGAUUAUAAACCGCCCCAGCCAAAAAAUGCGCAAUGAAAAGGAAAAAAUGUAUAACUCGCAUUUUUGGGGGAACUUUAUUUGAUAGAAUCCAGCACCGAAAACAGACAUGUCAUCUUGAAAGGCAAUUUGAAAUAAAAAUACAAUAGAGAACAACAGGCUGAAUAAGUGUACGGAAUGCUAACAUUACAUGACGCAUAAACCAUGAACUGAGAACCUCCCUGGUAUGUUAAUGUAACAUAGAGUUAAUGAGAUAACUAUAGCAUACUGAACAUGCUAACAAGCAACAAUGAUAUAAUGAUGUGUUCAUUCAUUUUAUACAUAAGUCGCUCCAGAGUAUAAGACACACCCUCUGCCAAACUAUGGAAAAUAACUGCGACUUCUAGUCCGAAAAAUACGGUAUGAUGUCAUAGCCUCGUUCGCUCACCACUUACAUGUCACAAUCAUUUUUUUAAUAUGUGUUUAAUACAAAUAAAUAUGACACUUUGUGGAUGAAAGGAUUUUCAGGUCAUUGCUUGAGGUACAAGGGACUAAAGCAGUUGUUUGUUUGUUUGUUUAAGCCUUACACGGCACUCGUUGCCAGGGAGGGGCUAACAUUCAACCCUCCCAUUUGAAAUCGAUUUGGACGUCAGGCACCAUCAGUGGCGUUAAAGAAAUAGCGUUUACUGGGGGCCGUAACCAAUGCGUAUAUCUGUUUUUAUUCAUUUUAAUGGAAUGUUGUUGUUUUUUUUAUCAACAUUGUGUUCAUUUGUAAAUGUGACCAAAAAUAGUCAGUCAUUUGCCCUGUAAAGGCUUAAAUGUCCACGCCGUCCAUGAAAACAAUGCAGGCGCACAUUUACAAAAUAUGAAAACAUUUCAAACCACACAAUUGCAAAUGUAAAAUGUACUAAAUAACUCCUUCUAUCCCUCGUAACCAUAGGCGGAGUUUGACUUUUGGGCCCGAGGGGGCACAACAUGUUGAUGACCCCAAAAUGUAGUGUCAGCAAUAAAAUUAACUUACAAGAAUAUUUAUAAUAAUAAGUUGAAAAUGAGCACUUUUUUUUUUGUUUCCCAUCGUUCUUGAGGGGAAUUCUAAAUCAGGUUCCUUAGGACAGCUAUACUUUUCGCUAAGAGCAUGGUACGCCCGCUGUUGUCGUGCCAAAGUAGUUACCCCAGUCAAAAAUUGUAUCCCCUGGGCGGAGCCAUAUGGAGGUAGAUUUGCGUCUUCAUUAUUUGAUCAAAACAAAUGUGUUUGAAUGCAAAAAUAAAUUUGAAACUCAAUGCAUUUGAAAGCUAUUUUUCUUUGAAUUGUUUUAUGAUUGAAGUCAAUUUUUUUGGGGAUCGAAGCAACUUUUUUGAUUGAAGUCAAUUUUUUUGUUGUUGAUCGAAGCAACUUUUUUGAUUGAAGUAAUGUUGUUUUGCGUUUGGGCCCCAUUUUGGCUAGGACAUUUGUGUCUUUAUUCAAUCAAAAAAUAAGUUGCUUCAGACAAAAAAUAUAUAUUUCCAAACGAAAAAUCACUUGAAUCAAAAAAAAAGAGAAAUUUCAAUCAUAGAAAAAAAUUUGAAUGCGAAAAAAUAUUUGAGACUCAAAUAUUAGCAAUCCUUUUUGUGUUUGGGCCAUAUCAUGGGUGGGACAUUUGUGUCUAAAUCAUUCAAUCCCCCAAAAAGUUGCUUCAAUGAAAAAAACAUUUUCAAACAAGGAAAAAAAUCAUUUGAAAAAUAAAAUUGCCCUCCCCUAUUUUUUUUUUUUUUAAUAAUAUGCAAAGCAAAUGACCGUCUAAGGUGAUCUGGCCACAUGAUCUGUUCGAAAAAUAAU